AUGCCCUACACACCUCCCCAAAUAUUUAUUGGUAACUGUCCGGAAUACAAUACUGGAGCGUCCAAACUUAACUAUGCCGCCUGUCAGUCUAAUAGAGGACAAUGUCCACCAGUUUCAUUCCUCUCCAGCGAUCUUUUCAAAUACUUAGGAUGUGUUCCUUUUCAAAGAAUAUAUACCACUCCCCUUUCGGUAUUAAGUUCAACACACAGUGAUAUAACCGAGAACCAAACGGAAGAGACAAGCGCCACAACAUACACCAUUGUGCUAUGUAUAGGGAUUAUUGGCUUGGCUAUUGUUGGCCUUGCUAUGUUCAUUUCCUGUAAAAGAAGGCACAGACUGCAAAAAGCGAACCAAAAAGCUGACGAUGAAACAGUUUUAGAAAAUCUGGUUUCCUCAAAUGAACAAAACAACACCCACAAGGACAGCACACAAAUAAAAGGUAUUUUAUACUGUUCAGAUAUCUAUAAAUAA